AUGGAUUUGCUGCGCCUCCUCCUCAUCCUGCUGGCCAUGUGCUGUCCUGCGUACGGCACAUGGGACAGCUGUGGAGGGACCUGCGGGCUCCGGCCCAUGGCUUUUCAGUACGGCAUGUCGCGCGUCGUGGGUGGCACAGAUGCCCAGGCAGGGGCCUGGCCCUGGAUCGUCAGCAUCCAGAAUCCCUGGCAAGCGGGCACGGGUCAUACCUGCGGAGGCUCCCUCAUCAGCGCACAGUGGGUCCUGACAGCAGCCCACUGCUUCAUCGAGGCCAGCUACAUCACCAUGUGGCGCGUGGUGAUCGGUGCCACGCGGCUGACUCAGCUGGGCCCUGAGGCCCAGGUGCGCAACAUCAAGCGGCUGCUCCUUCACCAAGGCUACAGUAACAUCACGCAGAGGAACGACAUUGCCUUGCUGGAGCUGGACCAGCCUGUGCAGUGCAACGCCUACGUUCAGCUUGCCUGUGUGCCCGAUGCCUCGCUGAGAGUCUCGCAGCUGAAAAACUGCUACAUCAGCGGCUGGGGUGCCACGACUGCAAGAUCUGGACGAUCAACGGAUGUGCUGCAGGAGGCCCAGGUCCGCCUCAUUGAUGUCAACGUCUGUAACAGCAGCCGGUGGUACAGAGGGGCCAUCCACACGCACAACGUCUGUGCUGGCUAUCCGCAGGGUGGCAUUGACACCUGCCAGGGGGACAGCGGUGGGCCUCUCGUGUGCCAAGACAGCAGUGCAGACUACUUCUGGCUUGUUGGUGUCACCAGCUGGGGGAGAGGCUGUGCCCGAGCCAGGCAGCCCGGAGUCUACACCUCCACUCAGCACUUCUACGACUGGAUCCUGCUACAGAUGGGCCUGCGCCCAGCAGUGAGGGCUACUCCAACAGCACGCGCUUGGAGUCAUUUUGUCACCACCUCAAGCCCCAUUCCGAGGCCAAGGCCCACAGCAGUGCAGUCGGGCGGCUCCUGCCCGUUUCCAGUCCAGAAGCUGCUGGACUUCUUUAGCCGGCUGCAGGAGCUCCUGCAGUACCUAAGG